GUGUGGUGGCAGAAGGCAGCGUCAGCUGGCAGGGAGGACAGAUCAACCAGUAAUCACCACCGUCCCUCACUCUGCUAUGUUCUCAACGACGGAAACCCCAACGAUAGCGCUUCCUAAUUUCAAUUGCGAGAGAAACUUUAAAGCCUAAGAACAAGCCAUGCUGCUGGACGCUGCAGCCCUGCGGAAAUAGGCGACAGCGCCGAACAGAAAGUAGCGACCACACAGAAACCACAAAAGAAGCAGUAGGUGCUUUAUUUCUUGUUUCACGCGCGGAGAGAAAGACGGCGUCCGGCCUGAGAAGAAGCUGCGAGGUCGGGGACUCCGGUCGGAGCAGGGUUAAUCGCUUCUGGCCUCCCCUUCCUGAGAGCUCCAUGGAAAAGAUGAAGCGGUUCAAGCGACGUCUUAGUCAGACGCUACGAGGCAGCCACACCAUCGACGAGUCUCUGUCUGAGCUGGCUGAGCAGAUGACCAUUGAAGAGAACGGCCUGAAGGACAGUGAGCCCAUAGUGAGGAACGGCCGUCCUCCAACAGCCCACAGUGUCCACUCCUUUCUCCACCAAUACACGGGCUCGUUUAAAAAGCCGCCAUUACGACGGCCUCAGAGCGUCAUUGGAGGAGGUCUUGGUUCUCUCAUGGCCGUGCCUCGCAAUGGCAGUCGUCUCGAUAUUGUACACGAGAAUAUGAAGAUGGGGUCAGAUGGGGAGAGCGACCAGGCAUCCGGGACAUCUUCUGAUGAGGUGCAGUCGCCCACGGGUGUUUGUCUGAGGAACAGAGGGGGCAGACGCAUCUCUGCGGAGGACUUGAACAAACGCCUGUCCCUGCCUGCUGAUAUCCGGAUUCCUGAUGGUUACCUGCAGAAACUACAGCUGAGCAGCCCAACCUUCGACCAGCCGCUGAGCCGACGAUCCCGCAGAGCAUCACUGUCAGAAAUUGGUUUUGGGAAGCUGGAGACCUACAUUAAACUGGACAAACUUGGGGAGGGUACGUAUGCAACAGUUUUCAAAGGGAGGAGUAAGCUGACGGACAACCUUGUGGCACUGAAGGAGAUCAGACUUGAGCAUGAGGAGGGGGCACCGUGCACAGCUAUUCGAGAAGUGUCUCUAUUGAAGGACCUGAAACAUGCCAACAUUGUGACGCUGCACGACAUCGUCCACACAGACAAGUCGCUCACACUGGUUUUUGAAUACCUGGACAAAGACCUUAAGCAGUACAUGGAUGACUGCGGGAACAUCCUGAGCAUGCAGAAUGUCAAGAUUUUUCUUUUUCAGAUUUUGCGAGGUUUGGCCUACUGUCACAGACGGAAGGUUCUCCACAGAGACCUGAAGCCCCAAAAUCUGCUCAUCAAUGACAGAGGAGAGCUCAAACUGGCUGACUUUGGCCUGGCAAGGGCCAAGUCUGUGCCCACUAAAACAUACUCUAAUGAGGUGGUAACGCUUUGGUAUCGGCCUCCCGAUGUGCUGCUGGGCUCCUCUGAGUAUUCCACGCAGAUAGACAUGUGGGGUGUUGGCUGUAUAUUCUAUGAGAUGGCUGCCGGCAGGCCCCUGUUCCCAGGCUCCACAGUGGAGGAUGAGCUGCACCUCAUCUUUAGGCUGUUAGGCACUCCUACAGAAGACAGCUGGCCUGGAAUAUCCUCUAUUGACGAGUUCAAGUCCUACAAGUUUCCAAAGUACAAGGCACAGGCCCUCAUCAAUCAUGCACCCAGGCUGGAUAACGAUGGAAUUGACCUGCUGAUGUCAUUCUUAAAAUACGAAUCAAAAAAGAGGAUCUCUGCUGAUGAAGCAAUGAGGCAGUCGUACUUCAGGAGCCUGGGGCCACGUGUGCACACACUGCCAGAGAACAUAUCCAUAUUUACACUGAAGGAGGUUCAGCUGCAGAAAGAUCCUGGAUAUCGGAAUUCCUCAUACCCCGAAUCAGGCAAUGGAAAGAACAGAAGACAAAGCAUGCUGUUUUAAAAUUUCUGGACUGGAAUUU